AUGAGCUCGGUUAUCGUUUCUUCAUCGUUAAACAUUGAUGAAGAUGAGCACAAUGAAUUUCGAAUGCAUUGGAAGAUGUUAAUCAGUGAGGUUGCAAAAUUUCAAACAAGUCAAGACAAAGAUGGUUCAAUUCGGCGAACGAUUCAACCAAUCAGCAAAACAAUAUGCGCGUUCUUGAAUACCGAUGGCGGCCGGGUUUUUAUUGGGAUCGACGAAUUCCAAAAAAUCAAGGGUGUUAACAUGUCAAGAAACAUGCUUGAUCAUUUCUUCGGCUCUCUAAGACAAAUGUGUGAUCAUUUCAAGCCAUUUAAUCCAUUAAACCGUAUCAAGGUGACGGUAAUGACUGUUCAUAAGAUAACCGAAGAUAAAAUUAAGCUAAAAAGGGUUAAUCUGGAAAAAUACACUGAAGAGGAGAAAAUGAUUCUGAUGCCCUAUCACGAAAUCGGAUCGACAUUUUGUGAAUGUUUCAAGGAACCUUUCACUCACGAAUAUCUCAUAGUUAUCAAUGUGUCUGCUCCUCGUCCUGACGAGAAUACUGUGAUAUUCCAGAACGAGGAAGGAUUGGCUUAUAGGAGACGUCUCGCGUCCAACAAAUGCGUCUACUUUGACGACAUUCGAAGAAUUCUCAAAGAGCGCGAUGUUGUUCGGGAUUUGCAUGACGAGGUUCGCAAGGAAAUCGACAGAUUCAUUAACAUCCGAAGUCUCGUGUAA